AGUAGCUAGCAAGCUAGUUGGGUGGAAAUUUUGCAAGUCAUGGUGGGCCAUUCAAAGCGAAAUACGACAAAUAACGCUGUGGAUAACGUGGAGAGCAAAAGACAUAUCUGUUGGAUUUCGUAAUUGUCAUUUCAGGCUUGGAAGAGGUCAUUGGACAGAGGACUACCUACGGGCUUUGGAAUACGACCACUCUUUUGAAUUUCUUUGAAAGGAGUGCAUUGAGAAUAGCAGAGAAAUUACUGCCAAGAAUCUGUGUCUCAUUGGCUCUCUACAGGAAGUUCAAAUAAGGGAAUCCCGUUGGUUGUUUUGCAUUCGUUCGUCCCUCAUGUUUGAAUGCUAUCUUUCAUUUUUCAUUUGGACUGUCAAGUGAAAGAACAACCAUAGCCGGCCUGUGGGUUUGACUCUAGUGUGUGGUUUUUUUUUUUUUUAUUUUGUUUUAUUUUUAUUUUUACUUUCAUUUUUUUGGUGCUUUGCUAAGAAAUGCUUUACCUGAAAAAGUACUUCACAGAGGGCCUGAUUCAGUUCACCAUCCUACUGAGUCUCAUUGGGGUGCGGGUGGACGUGGACACCUACCUGAACAAUCAGCUGCCCCCACUGCGCGAGAUCAUCCUGGGCCCCAGCUCGGCCUACACCCAGACGCAGUUCCACAACCUCCGCAACACACUGGACGGCUAUGGCAUCCAUCCCAAGAGUGUGGACCUGGAUCACUUCUUCGCCACGCGCCGGCUGCUGAACCAGGUGCGCUCCCUGGAUCACCUGCGCGUGCCCACCACCGAGGUCAGCGCCUGGCUGGUGCACCGCGACCCGGAGACGGUGGUGUCCGCUGCCGGCCAGUCGAGCCCCAGCAUUACCCUGGACAAUGGCGGCGGUCUGGAGGAUGUGAACAACCCCGAGGCCUCCACCAUGAGGGGGGGCAGCGGAGCGUCGGAGUCCACCUACAGCCACGGCGGAGAGGACAGCCUGGGAGCGGUGGCCCCCGAGGACAGCCAGGAGCAGCCGAGCGAGCGGGAGAACAACAACGAUGACCUCACCAAGGAGGACAUUGACCUGAUCGACAUCCUGUGGAGGCAAGACAUUGACCUUGGCGCGGGGCGGGAGGUGUUCAACUACAGCAGCCGGCUGAAGGAGAGCGAGGCGGAGAAGCACAACGAGGACGAGAAGGACGGCGACGACGGCGGCAGCAGCGAGGAGCACCCCGAGACCUGGAGGAACGGCCUCAACCUGGGCGAGGACCAGCCGCUGACUCCAGUGGAUGGCGAGACCGGCGAGAGCAUACCUGACCAGCUCCCCAGCCUGGGCACUCAGACCUCUCUGUCCCUCCAGGAGUGCCUCAGACUUCUGGAGGCCACCUUCCCGUUCGGAGAAGAGUCGGAGUUCCAAAGCCCAGCUGGCACUUCCGAGCUGAGUGACUCGAGCGAGGAGGCCCCGUCCACCUCACAGGGCCUGGCCUUGCUGCCCGUCCUGCCUCAGGCCGAGCCGCAACUGGACUUGGAGCAGCAGUGGCAGGACAUCAUGGCCAUCAUGGAACUGCAGGUCAGUCCAUAUCAGGACAUGGAAGUGAACAGCACGGCCGAGGGCUCGUACACCAGCAGCCAGGCUUCAUCUAGCAGCAGUGGCAGCAGUAGUGGCGACCGAUCGGGCCCCCUGGUCGGCUUGGACCCGGCGCGCUCCAACCUCAUCAACCAGGACGUCAGCCUCCACCAGGCGUCCCUCCCCAGCUGCAGCCAGGACUUCCCCACGCUCUUCAGCCCGGAGCUGGACCCCGCCGCGGCGCUGCGCCCUCCGUCCGCGCUGCUCCGCCUGUCCUCCAGCAACUCGUCCAACGUCAACUCCAGCUUCGGCGCCACCAACCUGACGGGCCUGUUCGCGCCGCCGCCGCUCAACAGCACCACCAACCUCACGGCCGACCCGUUCAGCAGCCUGCUGGAGGAGUCCAUGCUGGACGAGAUCAGCCUGCUGGACCUGGCCAUGGUGGAGGGCUUCAGCCAGGCGCAGGCGUCGCAGCUGGAGGACGAGCUGGACUCCGACUCGGGCCUGUCGCUGGACUCCAGCCACAGCCCGGCGUCGCCCAGCAACUCGGAGACCUCGUGCUCGUCGGCCGCCUCGUCCUCGUCCACGUCGGCGACGUUCUCCGAGGAGGGCGCGGUGGGCUACAGCACCGACUCGGAGGAGGCCGCCGGCGCCGAGAUGGAGGAGGGCGCGGUGGGCGGCUACCAGCCCGAGUACAGCAAGCUGUGCCGCAUGAGCUACCAGGACCCGUCGCAGUUCGGCAGCCUGCCCCAGCUGGACAACGUCAACCACAACCACACGUACAACCUGCCGCUGGGCUCGCCCUCGUCCUACCCCGACCACCACUCGCCGCCGCCCGGCUCGGGCGGCAAGAAGACGGGCCGCGACAGCAAGUCGCUCGGCAACGGCCACCACCACCACCACUCCAAGCUCCAGCCGCCGCGCGAGUUCCUCGACAAGCACGCCAGCCGCGACGAGCGGCGCGCCCGCUCCAUGAAGAUCCCCUUCUCCAACGAGAAGAUCAUCAACCUGCCGGUGGAGGAGUUCAACGAGCUGCUGGCCAAGCACCACCUCAGCGAGGCGCAGCUGGCGCUCAUCCGCGACAUCCGCCGGCGCGGCAAGAACAAGAUGGCGGCGCAGAACUGCCGCAAGCGCAAGCUGGACACCAUCCUCAACCUGGAGCACGGCGUGCAGGACCUGCGGCGCGACAAGGCGCGGCUGCUGAAGGAGAAGAUGGAGUUCCUGCGCUCCAUCCGGCAGAUGAAGCAGAAGGUGCAGAGCCUCUACCAGGAGGUGUUCUCCCAGCUGCGGGACGAGCACGGGCGGCCGUACCCGGCCAGCGAGUACGCGCUGCAGUACGGCCCCGACGGGAGCGUGCUGGUCGUGCCGCGCAGCAGCCUGGCCGCCGCCGAGCAGAGCCGCAGCAAGCCGGACAAGAAGCAGAAGGACAAGAAGAAGUGAAGAAGUCGAGAAAAAUAAGACGAGAGCGAGAGAGACGGGAAAGUCGCUGCCUUUUUUCCUUUUUUGCGAAAACGUAAAAGAAAAAAAAAAACACAUGAAAAUUACUCCAAAAAAAAAAUCAAGGUUUUUAACAAGGCAAAAGAAAAAAGUGUCUUUCUUUUUUUGUUGUUCUUUGAGAGGAUUCUGGAGAGAAGAGAGAAAAAAAAUUAGUGAUGUUCAUGACUCUUCCUGCAUUAGUUUUUUCUUUUCCUUUUUUUUCUGAAACACGGUGUUGAGGAAGAAGUGCUUUGAGUACUCGUUCUCAUGUUCUUUUUUUGAAUCCUUUUUUUGCAUUUUGAUGGAAAAAAAAAGAGAUGGCAAAGAACAGCAUGGUGACUGAGUACUUCUUGGUUAACAACCCUGUGUAGGCCAAGUCCUUUGGCUUAUCAGGACACAUGGAUGGUCAUUUUUAUCAUACAGAGAAAGGAAGAGAUUGAUGUCUAUUCCAGAAGAACUAUUAGCCAACAACAACAAAAAAAAGCCCUCUGCUCUGUGCAGAGAUGUUGUUCGACAGUAUAGAUGCAUCGUUAGAAUCUUUUGCCAAGUUAUGGAGAGGGAUUCAGCCCUGUUGCUGAACGAUUCGAGUUGAGGUGAUUUUUUUUGAGGAUGACGGACCCCCCAUAGAGGGUCAUUUUGAUGGUUGAAAGAUCUUGGAUGUUGCGAUUCGGGUAGGGAGGUGAUGGGGCGGGGUGGGCCGACCAAGCCUGAAAUGGGGACACUCGUAUUAAACCUGUCUUGCCAGUUGUAACCAAAGGUUGUACUGCGUGUGGGGUACUUCCUCUGUCUCAAAGGACCCCACUUGCUGGACACUCAAUGCAGCGCCACCCACAGGUGAGCGUGCACUUCAACCUGACAGUUUUAUUUCUUCUCACCACUGGACAGUAUCUCGACAGGGUGUCUUGUGUGUGCGUGUGUGUAGACCCCUCCCUUGUAGAGAUUCAGCAACAUUUAACCAGGAACCCCCAUGACGGCAAGGGCAAGGAUGGGAGAAGGACGGUUUGUUCAGAUCAGGGCCUCACAGUGCCCAGUAUUUUCAUUUUGAAGGUCGAUGUCAAUGACGGACACUGAUACAAAAAUGGAUUAAUCAGCUUGUGUACUCUGCACUUCAGCGCUGCGAAAGCCAACUUUAUAUCGCUCGUUGGCACCAAGAUGUCUAUCUUCCUGGAGAGCCUUCUGCUGCCAACCAAAGGGCACGUUCUGCCUGGCAAGCUUCCACGGUCACAUUGCAUUCGCUCAUGGACCUCGCCUGAAUUCGAGUGAGUCGGGGGCAGGCUAGCUUAGCAUUCAAUUUGCAUUCCCGGAAAGAACGGCUCUGGCUGAGGCGCAUCUCAUAACAUCUCUCCCUCGCACAUGACAGCUGAGGGUGGCUGUUCUUGCAGAAGGUCACCAAUGUGAUAAGGAAGUCCUUCAGCGCCAUACACACACACAUGUACACACACAUAUACGCACACACAUAUAUAUACACACACACACACACACACACACACACACACACACACACACACACACACAUACACAUACAGACACUAGCCCUCUCUCUGCUUGGAAUGGUCCCCGAGGACUCACUAUACAGGCUUAGCAUCUGCGCCGAUCUGGCUGAUUUGGAAUCCGCUGUGUCUUCAACAGUAAUGUUUUUCUUUUUCAGCACUCAACGGUGUAGAGGGCUGCGCACUCAAUUGUCACUGUGCCCAAAGGCAGCAUGGACACACACACACACACACACACACGCACACACGCACACACAUACAUGUAGACAUA